AUGGCAAUGAGUAAAUUUAUGUUAUUGACCAUUCAUGGCCCAAAUGGCAAUCAUGCUUGCUACGUUACGGCGCCAGCGAGGGCUAGCCUCUCCCAGGUGAAAGACGGUCGUGGAUCCGCUUAUUCCAGCUUGAUGUGGCCCGGUCAUUGGCUGCGCAACUCAUCCUUGUUGUGGAUUAUGUGCAUGCCCAAGGAAUUGUCCAUGGAGACCUGCACCUAG